UGCCAUCCACGAAUCUUGCCAUCGGGCCAUUGUUCGAUCGCUUUCAACGUUGCUGCGAUUGGGCAAUCUAUGCUGAUCCCUUCAUCCUCGAUGAUGCCUUGAUCCGGUGGUGUGGAAGGGGAACAAUAACCUUUCGUCAAUGGCUGAGAUGAUCAGAUCCAGAUCAUCGUGUCAUCAUCACUCCAGGUCUAUCAUGGCUCUUCUCGUCAACACUAUUAGCCACUAUGUAGCCUCACCAUGUUUUCUGCCAUGCGGCGUUUUCUUGCAGUGCUAUUGUUCCAGGUUACCACACCUCCGGGGUCUCCGAGGAAUCUUCCAGGCUGGCUUCUAUUUUUUAUUUCAUUUUUAUUUUUCAUUUUUAUUUUAUAUUUUUGCCUGGCCCAACCUGCUGGAUUUGAUAAAGAAUUCUCCGGUCAAGGGAGGUCCGGGUCACUCGACAUGUAGACGGCACCGCACAGAGCAACAAAUGGUCCCCGCCUGACGUUGUUUCCAAGCGGUGACACUUUGACUCGACUGCGGGUCAGGCAUCUCUCCGGUUCAACGGAAAUCCAGAGAGCUCCAUACCUUCCGGGAAAGGGCGGUCGAGGUCGUCGCUUACAGGUUCUCCGAAGAAUGGAAUCCCAGGCAAUGCCACGAGUCCCGCCGUUGAGCGUCAUCAUUCAUGGGGACGAGUUGGAA